ACCUAAGAUUACAUAACAACAGACACUAUCAUGAGUUUGAAACAUUCUAUCAUGUUUCUUCUCAUUGCUGCAAUGGCUAUUCCACAAACCAAAGCUCAGUUAGGGUUUCUCAGUGGUCUUCUUGGUUCGGUUAGUAACAUUCAAGGGACUGUGUUUUGCACUUCCAAGGAUAAUGUGUCUGUCAAAGGUCCUUCAAAUCCUGUUUUUCCAGAUGCUGAAGUGCAACUAGUUUGUGGAGGAAAGGAGUUUUCAAAGGCUAGAACUAAUGAUGAUGGAAAGUUUUCUAUUAUGAUGGAUCCAUUGUUGUUGGAUAUUUCUUCAUUGGUGAAUGGUUGCAACUUAGUGGUUGGGACUCCUCUCUCCAACUGCAACACAAAGCUUCCUUCUUCAGGGAAUCUCGUUUCAAACCUUAACUUUGUUGGAAUAAAUCGUGUUGCCACUCAAACUAUUGCUAAGAUUAUUCCCUCUGGAUUUCACUAUGUGCCCUCCACUUAAUAAUUACGACUAAAUUAUUAAAUGUAUAUCAUGACAAUUAACUACUUUUAAUUAAAUAAAGUCAUGUUAUGUCUCA